AUUCUCUCUUCCAUCUCUCGUCCCCGCGUCACAAGAUCGCGCGGAGUGGUGCUUGGCCCCUCCGCCGACGCCUCCCCCCCCCACUCUCCUUUGCCUGCGCCUUCUGAGCCUUUUUGGGCGGCGCCGGCCGCCGUAAGCGCCGGCUGUUCCGGUGUGCGCCCGGAUGACGUGGCGGGAACGGCGGAAGCGGCGGCGCCUCCUUUUCUUCGGCGGCGGCUGGUGGAGACGGGGAUGGCGCCGGCCGGGCUCCUGUGGUGCGUGGCGGCCUUGCUGGUGCUGCGGGGCCGCGCCGACGAGCACGAGCACACGGUGAGGCGGCGCGCCGCGGAGGGCCUGAGGCGGCGGGGUCGGGCGGCCUCCCCUCUUCCUUCCGCCCUGCCGUCAGUCAGUCGCUCGCUUGCCCGCCCUGCCUAAGAGGGCCUGGUUCGGGCGGCCCCUCUGCCUCCUCCAGGCCUCUCCUGAGGGCCGCGAGAAGGGAGAGGGCCCAGUGGGGCUUCGCUUGGCGGCGGUGAGGGCCCGUCGCGCGUCUCUCCGAGCGAGGAAGGCUUCUUGCCCUGUUGGGACUCAAGACCCAGGGCGGGGGUGAGGGGGCCUCGUCAGGAGCCGCCUUUUCUGCAGUGGAGGGGGGAGGCGAAGCGGCCGACCGAGCUCAGGAUGCCGCGCAGCUCCAUCCUGCGCCGUCUGGCCCCGUUCACCGAGCAUAGGAUUGCGAGUCAGACUUUUGUAGCCCCGUGUCACGUUGGAGGAGGAGAGAUUCGCUGGAUAUCGCCACCCCUUUCGCUUCCUUGAGGGAACGUUGCGCUGCGAGAGUUUGGUGUGUGGUGAUGGUGGGGAAACGCCAGCCACAUCCGCUUAAAAAAAACCAAAAACCGUUCGUCUCACAUCGCAUAACGGGCUUGGCAAGUUUUGAGAACAGCGGCGUGGAUGCGCUAGUGAUAGUCGUCCCUUCACGUGAAGGUUGGGAGAGGCAGCAGCUUGCCUCUCUGCGUGUCUUGGCUUCUAGCAUGGCAAAAGGUGGUGGGGGAUACCUACGUUCCUGUGGCAGGUUAUUGCCCCAUUAGAGAGCAGUUCAGCAAGGGACUUGCAUGUGCAAUCUUGGAUAUGCUGCCAUAAGCCGUGGCCGACCUGCAGCGCUGUGGGGUGCGCGUAGCCUAUAACAACACAUAGGAAAUGCGCAGCACAUAAAAUACUGACCUGGUUCGCGUGUAAAGUUAAGCCAUUGUUUAUUUUUAUCUAUGGUCUCAUACAAGCAAGCAGUGUGCUGGUGCACACUGUUCAAGUUUCCAGUUCGCUCUUCCCCCUGCUAACCCUUUGCUGUGGUGGGGAAGAAGGAAACCAGAGGCUGGCUUAGCAUUACGGGUGAACCUGCAAAGCCAUGGAAUUGUUUGAUUCUGGGACUUCCUGUUCAUGUGUGCUUUCUUUUCCCCUCUAUGCCUUUCUAUAAAAAGAAUAUUCAAAGUGGCAAAGUGUAAUAGAAAAUUAAAGCAACAUAAAAACCCGCAGUACAUAUUUACAAAGUAAAUUUGUAAAACAACAACAAAAAACAACCCCACGAACAGUAUAUUUAUUUAUUUUAAAGAUUUGUGCUCUCCCUUUCAAGCAACCAACUGUAAUGCACAACUCUCACAUACACAUCACCUGGCAGGCCUUGGUUUUCUAACUGGUGGAUGGUUCCAGAGUUUGUUAUCCUUCAUUAAAGUGGAGCUGAAUGGUUCUUUCUGGCAGCAAGUGGGGAAGCAAACAUCCUGCAGCCUUUCCAUCCAUAGCGAAUGGGGCCAAAGCAGUCUUCCUGGAGGUGGGUGAUGGUCAUUGGUCUUCAGACCAACAACCAGAAUUCCUUUUUAAAAGCAAUAUCUGUUGAAAACUAUUGGAAGAGGAAUUGUAGAAUUGGAAAGGACCCUGAGGGUCAUCUAGUCCAUUCAUCUGCAAUGCAGGACUCUGAAGAAACCUAUCCAUGAUGGAUGGCCACCCAACCUCUGCUUAAAAACCUCUAAUAAAGGAGAGGACUACCUUUUGAGGGAGUGUGUUUCACUGUCGAACUGCUCUUGCUCUCAGAAAGCUUUUCCUGCUGUUUAGUCAGAAUUUCAUUUCUAGUAGCUUGAAUCCAUUGGUUCAGGCCCUACCCUUCAGAAUGGGAGAAAACAAGCUUGUUCCAUCUUUCAUGUGACAGUCCUUUAGAUAUUUGAAGAUGGCUCCUCUCAGUCUCCCCUAAACAUACCCAACUCCCACAACCAUUGGUUUCCAGACCCUUUAUCAGGGAUAUCCUGGUUUAUUGGAAGGCAAGCAGAAGCAGUGAUAGCAGCAAGCAGAUUUUUUUCAACAAAGAGUUGUACAGUCUUGGUGCGCAGAGGCUUGACAACCAUAUGUCAGGAGUGCUCUGAUGGUGUUUCCUGCUUGGCAGGGGGUUGGACUCGAUGGCCCUUGUGGUCUCUUCCAACUCUAUGAUUCUAUUAUUCUAAAUGGCCAGAUCUUAGACUAAGGCUGCAGUCCUAUGCCUACUCAGAGGUAAGUCACAUUGAAUUCAGUGGAGCUAGGACUGCAGCCUUAGCCUACGUAGUGCUGUUCAAAGGCUACUCUCUGUUAAAGACAAGGAGGGAUGAGUGUGUUCUGGCACAUAGCAUAUGCCUUAAUCCCUGGUAUAACAAUGCUACUAAACCAACAAAGUUUUCCCUGGCAGAAUAUUGAAUGCUUGACUUUAUAGGUAGGGCAGCUGUUAACAGUUUUUGAUAAAUGACAGGAAUGCUUGUAACAUGUACAUAGAAACAAGGGGUUGUCUAAGACAAAUAGGAAAACCUAAAUUGUUUGUCAUACUGAUGAAAGCUGAUUUUUUUAAAUUGUGAAUCAAGCUUCUCUAUGAACAUUGGUUAAACAUUGGCUACUGGGGAUGAAUAUUCAAUAACAUUUUAGGUAUCCUAUGAGGAUAUAUAAUUUGUGGGAGCUAUUCCAUGCUUGGAAAAACAGAUUAUCUUAUCAGUGUGAUAUAACUGAAAGUUUGGGGAACAAUGGUAUUCUUAAUGCUCUUGUGUUGAUUUUUAGGCAGUAUUAUACCACAGACUGUCCUGGUUCGCACGUUAUGCUAAGCCAAACAUUAGCGUAACAUGAAUGUGUGGGCUCCCAUGGAGUAGCUGGUAGCUGAUUUUCUUUCUGCCAUUGUUUCUGGAGCUGUGCUGCAAUAAGUGAAGCCAAGAUUUGCCUUACCAUGUUGUCUGAAUCAGAGUUAAUUGUUUAGCUCUCCCAGACUAACCAUGAACUAUAAACCAAGAACAAACCUUGGAUUCACCUCGCUGAACCGGAAGCCCUGGUUUGGAUGGUGCGCUAAGCCAAACCGCAGCACAGCGCAGCAACAAAAGGGCCUGUGGAGGAGUAAAGUGACUGCAAGCUUUUUCGGGAACCUGCUUAUUUCUGCUAAGGCAUAGUUUGGUUUUGUGUAGCUGAUUUCACUUCCAUAGAAUAAAAAAGUGUGCAGCUUCUUGGAAGCAAGCCACAACUCCUCUUGGGUGUGAUGAAUGGGUAAACACAGAAGAAAACACUGGUUUCAGUGCAAACAUCUUGGUUUGUAUAUUAACCAAGAGUUCUGUGUUUUGUCAGACCUAAUACAUUGGUACUUCCGGUUACGAAUGGGAUCCGUUCCGGAGGCCUGGCUGCAUCCUGAAAACUUUGUAACUGGAGGUGCCCUUCUGUGUACGUGUGCGGUGUGAUUGAGCGCUUCUGCACACGCACACAGCGAAACCCGGAAGUAUACACUUCUGGGUUUGCCGCGUUCGCAACCCAAAGUUAACGUAUUCAGAGGGAUACGUAAGCAGAGGUACAACUGUAUAGUUAAAUUGGGAAAAGAAGCCAGGAUCAGGCUUAUUUCUUGGUUGGUUAACAGACAUUAAGCCAGAAUUGCCUGUUCUGGGCAAAAUGAGGAACUGGCACAAGCCAGGAUCUUUGUGCCGGUCAGUGCACAGUGGGAAGGGCAAGAGAAGUGUCCAUUGGAAGCCUCAGAAAUAAUCCAAACUGGUCUUUUCUCCCAUUUAAAAAUAACACAUCAUGAAAUCUGUAUUUCAUAUAAAUUACUAUAUUGGGGGCUUCCUACAGGACAGAGGGGACUAGCUGGUCAUCGCGGCGUAGCUUGUAUCAGCAGGAUAAGCCACAGAGUCCAUGUGGAUGAUACUGUAUCCUGUUUUAUACCUUAUAUAAACAUCUGCAAUGUUUUGAGCUCUUUUCCCCAUGGUUAGCAUAGGUGGCAUGGAACAAGUGUUUAAAAAAUAAGAUACGCCGAAAGAGAAAUAACAUGGUAAAAAGAAAGCUUCUGAGUUAUGUAUCGAAUAGAUUUCAUUAACUUCGCAAACCUACAUGCCAGAAGUCCUUUUCAUUUUUGUGGCUCAGAGAUGUUGUCUUCACUGAAUUGUCCUCCCACCUCACUAGAAGCCACCUUCCUUAUGUCUUAGACCAGGGCGGUCCAACCUCUCAGUUUAAGUGGGCCACAUGAGUAUUUUGACACAGAACCCAUGGGCCAUACACUGAAUUAAAUUACCAUAUCAUAAAUUAAAGUUUUUGCAAUAUGGUUAAUAUUUUUAAUAUACACAAUUAAUAUAUAUUUAAUUAAAUAUAUAAUUAAAUACACAAUGUAUAUAUUUAAUAUAUUUAUUAAAUGAAAUUUAAUACACAAACAGAUGUGAGCGCUUUCAUUAACGACACAGACACUGAGUCCCUGUCAGGAUAAAAAGGUGGGGUAUAAGUAAAGGGACCCCUGACCAUUAGGUCCAGUCGUGACUGACUCUGGGGUUGCGGCGCUCAUUUCGCUUUAUUGGCCGAGGGAGCCAGCGUACAGCUUCUGGGUCAUGUGGCCAGCAUGACUAAGCCGCUUCUGGCGAACCAGAGCAGCGCACGGAAACGCCAUUUACCUUCCCGCUGGAGCAGGCCCUAUUAAUCUAUUUGCACUUUGACAUGCUUUCGAACUGCUAGGUUGGCAGGAGCAGGGACCGAGCAACGGGAGCUCACCCCGUCGCAGGGAUUCGAACCGCCAACCUUCUGAUCAGAAAGUCCUAGGCUCUGUGGUUUAACCCACAGCGCCACCCGUGUCCCCCAGGGUAUAAAUAUGAUGAUGAUAAACAACUUAUUUUAGAAUGCUCCUAGUUAAAACAGUUUGAUCCUCUAGUGAAGCCAAUUAACAAACUCAGCCCACUGGUUGUUACCCUGGCACGAACCAACUAAGAGACAAGGUUUCUCUCUGACCUUACUGUUCAUAACACAUACACCCCAAAAGCAAUGUAUAUGUACCUGUAACUUGGGAUAAUAUUUUAUGCAUCUGAUGGGGGGGAAAUGUAGUCCACAAAAGCUUAUGCCACAAUGAAUUUGUUCGUUUUUAAAAGUGCCACAGGACUCUUUAUUCUUAUUUACCCUGUUAGCUUCUUUUAAUUGCUUCUCUCCUCUGAAGCCUUUGACAUUUGUUCCCAUCUUAAGAUGCCAUAUUCCAGCUAGAUUUCUAACCCAUGCCUCUUUAACAUCUUCCUUGACGAUUACUUGACCCGUGUACUCUUAUUUAAAAAGGAGUACAGAUACUACUUACUAGGAAAAAAUAUAUUUAACUGCACUUUUUUUUUACAUUUAGCAGCCCAAAUUAGGUAGAAACCUAGUGCACUUUGGUCACUUUGAGGUAGGUAGCAAAAACUUCCCUGUGCCCUGUUCAGUUGCUUUUCUCCUAACUAUCUAUCCACUUGCUGCAGCCCUGCCUAAGCUUUUUGACACUGCAGUAGCCCUAUGCUCCAAGAUUUUCUUUGCCUUGUGUGAGGGUGCAUGGACAACUGCCAGGGCACUGUGCUUGGCAAAGCUGAGGCCAGCUUCUAUUAGUGUUGUGAUCUGCAACUGCUGUGCCACCAGUAGGGAGCUGUGUGUUUUGGUGGCAAACCACCAAUAAUUGUUUGUCAAAGGAAGUCAAGAGAUGAUAAGCAGAAUGUACCUUUUUUUGAGAAAACUCAGACCUUACUAUUGUCUGCUGAAUGUGAGCAGCCGUCAAAAGUAAGAUGGGAUUCUUGGACAUUUUAACACCCAUACAUUACAAAUGACAAACACUUCAUUAUCCUGCUAAACUUACACAAUUCAGCCAACAGUCUGCUACCUGGUGCCGUUGGUCCUGACUUUUAAAGCCCUAAACGGCCUCGGCUCAGUAUACCUGAAGGAGCGUCUCCACCCUCACCAUUCAGCCUGGGCAAGGGCCCUCUGGCGGUUCCCUCCCUGUGAGAAGUGAGGUUACAGGGAACCAGACAGAGGGCCUUCUCAGUAGUGGCGCCUGGCCUGUAGAACACCCUCCCAUCAGAUGUCAAGGAAAUAAACAACUAUCUGACUUUUAGAAGGCAGCCCUGUUUAGGGACGUUUUUAAUGUUUGAUGUUCUAUUGUGCUUUUAAUUCUGUUGGGAGCCUCCCAGAGUGGCUGGGGAAACCCAGCCAGAUAGACGGGGUAUAAAUAAUAAAUUAUUAUUAUUAUUAUUAUUAUCUGCAGAAGAUGGAUGCAAGAUAGAAAGUGAUUUGAAUAUGUAGUGCAGUCCUACCGUAUUUUUCGCCCUAUAGGACGCACUUUUCCCCCUCCAAAAAUGAAGCGGAAAUCUGUGUGCGUCCUAUGGGGCGAAUACAGGCUUUCGCUGAAGCUUGGAGAGCGAGAGGGGUCGGUGCGCACCGACCCCACUCGCUCUCCAGGCUUCAGGAAGCUAUCAGCAAGCCUGGGGAGCCCGCGGGAGUUCCCGCAGGGCUCCCUAGGCUGCGGAUAGCAGCCUGCCGCCCGGCGCACAGAGCGCCCUGAAGCAAAGCGCCCCGUGCGCCGGGCAGACACCCGCAGCAUGGGGAGCCCUGCGGGAGCUCCCGCAGGGCUCCCUAGGCUGCGGAUAGCAGCCUGCUGCCCGGCGCGCGGGGCGCCCUGAAGCAGAGCGCCCCUCGCGCCGGGCAGAUAUCCGCAGCCUGGGGAGCCCUGCGGGAGUUCCCGCAGGGCUCCCUAGGCUGCGGAUAGCAGCCUGCUGCACGGCGCCCCGCAGAGCGCCCUGCGCUUCGGGCAGACAUCGGCCAGCCCCACAAGCUCGGGGGACAGCGGGGAGGCGCAGCGCUGCCACCCCGCUGUCCCCCGACCUGGUUUUUGGGGGGGAAAUAAAGGGGAAAAAUUUUCCUUUAUUUCCCCCCAAAAAAACUAGGUGCGUCCUAUGGGAUGGAGCAUCCUAUGGGACGAAAAAUACGGUAAUUUUAAAGUAAGGCUGUAUAAGCUUGGCCUAAUUUCAUGUGAGUGGCAAGAAGGGAGCCUAUAAUUAGCUCCAGCUCAGCUGGCCCUCAACAGUUUACUUCUGCGGGAAUGUGGCCCUUGAAAGCAAAAAUGUUCCCCACUGUGUUUUGCACAUUCUUCACAGAUUUUCCUGUGAAUAUUUGCUCCGUUCUAAAUAACACAUUUAUUUAUAAUCCUUUUAAUUUUCAAUAUGCUUUCUUUUCAGUACCAAGAUAAAGAAGAAGUUGUUUUAUGGAUGAAUACAGUAGGGCCAUACCACAAUCGCCAGGAAACGUACAAAUACUUUUCUCUCCCUUUCUGUGGUGGAUCCAAAAAAAGCAUUGGUCACUACCAUGAAACUCUCGGAGAAGCAUUGCAAGGAGUUGAAUUGGAGUUCAGUGGUCUGGACAUUAAAUUUAAAGGUAAACUGCUUUUGUUAAUGUUUUCUAAAUUUGCACACGACUGUUCCAGUCUUAAACACACACUUGGAAUUAUAUUGUUUUAUGUUCAGAAAUUUGUUUAAUGCAGUUCAGUUACUUCUUCGUUAACCCUCCAACACCAUCAUUGAUACUACUUUUGUUCACAAUUAUUGUUAAGGGUUCAGAAGCAGGCCACACUCCUAUUCCUUUCCAUGGGCCUUUCCCACACCUGUCUUCAUCAUCAUAAAGGUUAAUGCUGGUGUUGACCUUAAGAUUAGAAAAAAGGUUUAGUGGGAAUUGCUAUUAACCAGUACAGUGGUACCUUGGGUUACGUACGCUUCAGGUUACAGACUCCACUAACCCAGAAAUAGUACCUCGGGUUAAGAACUUUGCUUCAGGAUGAGAACAGAAAUUGCGUGGCAGCGCAGCAGCAGCGGGAGGCCCCAUUAGCUAAAGUGGUGCUUCAGGUUAAGAUCAGUUUCAGGUUAAGAACGGACCUCCGUAACGAAUUAAGUACGUAACCAGAGGUACCACUGUAUUUGAAACCAGGGUUUUAAUUUGGUUACCAUUAACCAUGAUGAAGGAUGGCUGGAAAAUUUGCACAGGCAGAAUCCUAUCUCCUAAGUACAGUAUACACACAUUCUCUUUUUUGUGGGGGUCGUGUGUGUGUGUGUGUGUGUGUGUGUGUGUGUGUGUGAUUGAUCUGGUGGUUUGGUUACUGGUUUGGAGAAAAGCAUGACAGGAGUGAUGGUCUAUUCAGCCUGUGUGCUUUGAGGGACUGAGAACUGUAUAUACUCAAAGCCAAAAAGCUGGAUUUGGGUUGAUCUUAAGUCCUUGAGCAUUUGAUGCCCAUCAAUAGACUUUUGGGGCCUUUUGGGUGGAUUUCGUUUUAUUUGUAGUUCAGCAGUAAGGGUUAGCAAACGUGCAGCAUAAAGGAGCUCAGCGGGGUUGAAAGUGGGGAAAUCUUCUUUGAGUGACUGAUCUUUUUAAUAAAAUAGUGUUUAGUGUAAUAUCCAAGGCUCAAUUAACUUUCAGUUAAUGCACUACUAAUGCAUUUUUUUAAAAUAAUUUCCACAGAUGAUGUGAUGCAGACAACUUACUGCGAAAUAGACUUGGAUAAGCAAACAAGAGAUGCAUUUGUUUAUGCUAUCAAAAAUCAUUAUUGGUAUCAGAUGUACAUAGAUGACUUGCCAAUAUGGGGUAAGAAAUGUUUGCCUGCAGAACCAGAAAACAUUUAAAUAAGUAUUAUACCCUUGAUCUUAUCUGACGCCUUUCUGCCCUGCUUUAUCCUACUUUCUUCCCUAUUUGAUCAAGCAUUGCCUCUUCCACAUGAACCUUGAAUAACUGGCAGUGGGAAUUGGCACAAGUUACAAGGCUUGCUUCUGUGUUUGUUGCUCUGCGUCAUGCUGGAAGGAAUGGGUAUGUGUUACUCAGCUGGAGUGACACACAUGAUUACAGUUUUUUACUGUUUUAUGGGUAACCUUGAGACCGGAUUACUGCAACAUGCUCUACAUGGGGUUCCCUUGGGUUUAACUUGGAAGCUGCAGGGGAUGCAGAAUGCAACAGCUUGUUGACUGGGGUAGCCAGCCAAUACGUUACUGGGCACAUUUCAGGGUCUUGCUUUUAACAUUUGAAGCCCUAAAUAACUUGGGACCAGGAUAUCUUAGGAACCACCUUACCCCCAAUAUCCCCUCUUGGCAACUGUGCUCCUCAAAUGGGGCACUGCAUGCUAAGACUAUCAUAUGCCCCAGAAGUGCACUUGGAAACUGGGAUUUCAGUGUGGCAGCUCCAUCUUUCUGGAAUUGGUUCCCUGCUGAUGGUGUUUAGGCACCUACUGAAUUUUUUAUUUAUUUUAUUUUUUUUUAGGAAAGCUGAGGUGAAAUUUUAUAUUUGAUAAAAUGAUUUUGUUGUUUUAGAGUUUGCUGAAUUGAUUCGAUUGUUCUUCAAGUUUGGGUUUCUGAGUUUUACUCUGUUUUUACUGUGUACAACACUUUGAUGGCUGUGUGCUGUGCAGCGGUCUAUGAAUUUUUAAGGGUUUUUUUAAGCCGUGCAAGUUUUCCAAGGAUAUGGUAAUGUUCUUAAGACCGUUGAUUUGAGUAGGGGUGCAAGCUUUAAUUUGUCUGGUUGAUAGAUUAAUCUACUACAGAUUUAGUUAAUUUAGUUUUAAUCUAUAAUGAUAAACUUGCAGGCAUCUGUUUAAGGCCACUGGGGUACUGCAAUGAGAUUGUUAAAAUGGAAGCCAUCCCUUCCCAGUGGGUGAUAGCUCUUUUUUAUUACAUUGUAAGUUGAUUUUAAACUUCCAGGUUUAAUGUUUAUAUCCAAAUUUACUUUUAAUUGAUCAGUUAAUGGGCAGCAAAUUUGGUGAAAUCUCGGAAGGGAAGUCAGAGAAGGUGUAGCUGAAUUGAAUCAACAGUGCUCAGAAGAGUGAGUCAGUGCCUAUAUUGCUCCUUGUCCCUGUCCAUGACUAGCGGAAGCAAAAUAAACUACGCACAUUUGUUUUAGGUUGUAUAAUUUAGCUUUCUUACCCAGAAUUUGGAUUCCUAUGGGAUCGUUUUGUGUGUGUGGAAUGCAGAGUUUGCCUGCAGGCUGCAGCUCUCUCUAUCUCUGCAACAGCAGGGAAGUAUCUAACUCUUGAAGCCCAUCUUUAUUCCCCUCAGGGGGCUACACUUGUAGAUGGCAGGCCUGCUGCAAAACAAAACCUGCUUUGGUGCAUGGAUUAAUAAUAUUACUUAUAUCCGUUCCCCUCUCUUUGCAGGUAUUGUUGGUGAAGCUGACGAAAAUGGCGAAGAUUACUAUCUCUGGACGUACAAAAAACUUGAAAUAGGCUAUAAUGGAAAUAGAAUCGUAGAUGUGAAUCUGACAAGUGAAGGAAAAGUUAAACUAGUUCCCAACACCAAAAUCCAAAUGUCUUACUCUGUAAGUAAUUCAAAUUCAUGGGUAACAUUAUUUAUACUCUUACAUUAGUGGUGACUAGGCCAUUCAGCGAGCUGAGCUAAUCUCUUCGUUUUAGCCUUGUGUUGAGAGCUAACUGGUGUGCUCGUCACGUUCUACCCUAUUCCCAGCAAUAUAUAAAAAUAGAGCUGGCAGUUGAAUAUAACUGCAGGUCAUCUUCAAAAACUUACUCUCUCACCUCAUGCUCUGGAUUGCUGUAUGUUGGGCCUCUCUGCAUGCUUAGGAUUUCCAAGUCCAGACCCUGAAAAGCACCUCUGUCCGAGACCAGGGAGAAGAGUCGGUGGAAGAAGAUUGGAAGAAAUUUAAAGACUAUUUACAGAAAUAUUGCAAAAUUAAUGAAUGUUAGAAUGAUGUUGGAUUGAAGUUAAGUGGUUUCUAGCUGUACUGGUAUAAAAGAAUAUGGAAAAAUUGGUUUUUAAUACGUAAAAAUUUAAUGUUAUAAUAUAUCAAGAUUAAAGAUCAGGAUUAAAAAGGAGGGAAAGGAAUUGCUGGAUUAACAAAUUGAAUUGGAAUACAAAAGAGGGAGGUAUGAGGAGGUCCGGGAAACAAGUAAACGUAAGAGAAGUGAUGAAAAGAUGGAAUUGUUUUUAACUGUUUUUUCUUUCUUGUACUUUGUAUUUUUCUUUCUUUAUUGUUAUUUUUCUUAUUAAUGUAAUCUUUUUCUUUUGAAAUUUUAAUAAAUAUCAUUUAAAAAAAAAUGAAAAGCACCUCUGUGCUUUAAAGGGUUGUAUAGAAGCAGAGUUUUUCUUGAGUUUGGCUCUUGCAUAUUAACGGUGCUCUGGCACAUGGUCUUCUGCUUCAACAGCCUUCUUCCUGUAUGGUUGCCAGCUUGCCGUUAUUUUUUUGAUGGCCCUUCCCCUGUGCCUUCAGCAGCAGUUGACAUGGAGAAAAUAAUGACUGAAAUAAACCAAGUGAUUCUUUAUCUCUGUCUCCCUACUAGGAAAAGGUUCUCUUGCGUGUUAGGCACAGGAGUAGGGUCACGAAGAAAGGUGGCAACUCAGAUUGCCAGUUCACAACCUGUUUUAUUUUUUCCUAACUAUAGGUGAUUUGCUGAACUGGAAUUCAGUAGACCUAUAACCAAAUAUUGUCAGCUUUCUAAGUGUUAAUUUCUUUCUAGGUGAAAUGGAAAAGGUCAGACGUGAAGUUUGAAGACAGAUUUGACAAGUACCUCGACCCAUCUUUCUUUCAGCACAGGGUAUGUUUCCUUUAUUCUGUUUAUGUAUAUACACAUUAUAAUAAUUAGUAACCCAGAAAACUCCUGUCCUGGUUAAAUCUUGAAUGGGUAGUGUCCGGAUCGGACAGUGAACUCUCCUUCAGAUCUUUAACCAGGGUUCAGGUUGGAGAGGUCACUUAAAACCUGUGGUGUUUAAACAGCAGCAUGCAACAAGAGUUUCUUCUUUUUUAGUGUCCCUAACUUCCAUUAGCUUUACAUAUGAGCUCUGCUUCUAGGAUAUGUUCCUUCAAUCUUUUAAUUUCACCUUGCCCCUCCAACAUUAUUAUUAUUAUUAUUAUUAUUAUUAUUAUUAGAUGUGACUCUUAAACCUUAGUACAGUAGGCUACAUUUCAGCUAUGCAAUGAACACCCACCACCGUUCUCCAUCCAGUCAAACAAGAAGCAUUAUUAUAUUUCAAAGUCACAUUUUAACCAGGUGGGGGGAGCAUUUGAUGGUGUGGAGCAGGACAGUGAGGGGCGUGGCUUGGGAACAGUCCCAAGGGCCAAGUUGAAAGGCCUUCUGGGAAGCAUUUGGCCCUUCUACUUGAGGUUCCCCAUCGCUGGGCUACAGUAUUUAUUUUGUCUUUUGAGUAGCUUGCUUAAAUAAUAAACAAGCUGACACAUUUCCACUUUUUUAUUUUAGAUUCACUGGUUUUCAAUCUUCAAUUCCUUCAUGAUGGUUAUUUUCCUGGUGGGCUUGGUUUCUAUGAUUUUAAUGAGGACACUGAGAAAAGAUUAUGCACGAUACAGUAAAGAAGAAGAAAUGGAUGAUAUGGUAAAAGUCUUGUUUAUCUGCUACUAUUUCUUUUUAAAAAUUGCAUUUUCAUUUCUAGAAAACUUGUCCAAAUGACAGUAAUUUUUCAGUAAAAGGAAAGGAUCUCUAGAACAAGUUUUUGGUCAGAUUUCAGUUCCUCGGUGUUUCUGUGUAAUUUAUGUGAGGGCUUAAAAGCAGGAACAUUGAAGUUCCUUGAUAUGUUCGACUGUCAGAGGUGCAGCUAGUCCUUUUGGUGACUAUGAAGCCUAUCCUAUUCUGUCAGUUUCCCCCAUAUAGUCAGUUUAAUUGCUUGCAUCUUCCUUCCUUCCUUCCUUCCUUCCUUCUUUGGAGUGCAUUUCCAACCCCCAACCCCAACAUGCCUGGACAGAAAGUCAAGAGAACUCCCUACCACUACAGUGGUACCUCUAGAUAUGAACAGGAUCCGUUCCGGAGCCCCGUUCGCAUCUAGAAUUAAACGUAACUAGUGAUGGCGCAUCUGCGCAUGCGCACAUCGCUUUUCGCCGCUUCUGCGCAUGCGCGUGACGUCAUUUUGAGCGUCUGCGCAUGCGGCAAAACCCGGAAGUAACGCGCUCCAUUACGUCCGGGUUGCCGAGGAGCGCAACUCGAACGCGCUCAACUCAAAGCAUAUUCAACCCGAGAUAUGACUGUAUAGGGAAUUAUUUAGGAGUGCAAGGAGUAGACUUCAAACAAGUGCAACUGUGGUGUUGGAAAGUCUCAGAGCAUUCAGAUAUGCAAGACCUCAUAAAAGAAAAGCUGCUUGGAGCAACAUUCCUUUACUCUUUCGACCCUUGUUCCAAAGAAAGGAAUGCAAGUGGAUUAUGGCAAAGAACUUUCUCAAAAGCUUGCUGACCUGGCACAAUUGAAUACAGAUUGAGGCAAGGGCCCAAGCCAUUUAAUCCCCACUGGUAGUAUAGCAGAGUAUUGACACUCAAAAGCAUGAGCUCAUUAGCGAAAGAGCUUUUUGACUCCUGAGCCAAUCAACACAUAAGUCAGGAAUUAUGUCCAAGCAAUCCACUCUUGGUGAUGCUAAAACGGUUGCAGAGAGAUCCUCUGAAACACCCAACAUUUAGAGCACUGGAAAUGAAUGACCAAGAACCACAGUACUCGAAUGUUCUCCUUACAUCGGCGGUUCUAAGCUUGAGCUCCUCUGAAAGAAAAGAUUUUUCUCCUUGGGGCAGUCCUUGAGAGCCCUUAGCAAGGUUUCUGUGCACAGAAUGCCCCUCCUCCCUGCCUAAGCUGAUUGUCUACAGAGAGCAGCUCUUUGGGAUCUAGCAUUUGAGUGACAGACCCCCCAGGAUUUGGUAUUGUUGUUUUUCCAGGAAUUCUUACUAAGGCAAUGGGUACAGCUGAAAUACAAAUCUGUUGUAGCACCCUAGCGUUGCAAAGAGAAUGGAUCACAGCCAACCAUGGCAACUCACUCUAACCACAAGUAGCCAGACGCCUGGCUGAACCUUCUGCUGAAUGCCUCACUGUAUCAAGCACGUGCCAUUUAGUGAGCUUUAGUACCCUCAUGUACAGUGCUUUGGAAUAUUUAUUACAUCUCAUGAUACAUUCGGGACGCGGGUGGCGCUGUGGGUUAAACCACAGAGCCUAGGACUUGCCGAUCAGAAGGUUGGCGGUUCGAUACCCCGCGACGGGGUGAGCGCCCGUUGUUCGGUCCCUGCUCCUGCCCACCUAGCAGUUCGAAAGCACAUCAAAGUGCAAGUAGAUAAAUAGGUACCACUCUGGCGGGAAGGUAAACGGCGUUUCCAUGCACUGCUCUGGUUCGCCAGAAGCGGCUUAGUCAUGCUGGCCACAUGACCCGAAAGCUGUACGCCGGCUCCCUCGGCCAAUAAAGUGAGAUGAGCGCCGCAACCCCGGAGUCGGUCGCGACUGGACCUAAUGGUCAGGGGUCCCUUUACCCUUUACCUUUAUGAUACAUAGCGUCUCACAAAGUGCUUCCUUCCUAUAACAGUUUGGCCAUUGUCGCUUUUUCUCCUCCUUAAAUGGGUAUUUUUGCUUAAAUGGGAUUGACUACUAGCCAUUUCCUUCCUGGUGAUUGUUUUCAAACUUUUUUGUGUGCAGGACAGAGAUCUAGGUGAUGAAUAUGGCUGGAAACAGGUUCACGGCGAUGUCUUCAGACCAUCCAGUCAUCCUUUAAUAUUUUCAUCUUUGAUUGGUUCCGGUUGCCAAAUCUUUGCAGUUUCUUUCAUAGUGAUCAUUGUUGCAAUGCUGGAGGAUUUAUACACAGAGUGAGUAUUGCUUCGUGCCUUCAUCAUAUCUUAAAAGAUCUUGGCUGAGAUUCAGGAACUUCUUACAGUUUACAAAGUGGAUCACAUUGGGGCAAUUUUUCUAUGCCCAGGAGAUGAGAACCAUCACUGUGUGCAUAAAUCAUUCUCAACGGCCAUCAUGGUGCAGAACUCUUGAGCGUAAUUUCAGAAAUGAAAAGUUUAAAACAACAUCUUGGAUCCUGGCUUUCUUUCUAUGAACAAAACAAGAGUUCCUGUCAAGGUUUUCCUGUUCCCUGUGCCCCUUGAGGGCUGGGGAACCCUUUGGAAAUAGUGUGGUGCAAAUGGAAAGAGGGAGGAGUUGGCAGAAACCUCCAGAUUUUGUACUUCCUAUGUGCAGAUUAACAGCAUAAUUAGUAACACAAACUGAUUACUUGGGGGAGCAUUGUAGAGGCUCAGGCAACCUGGAAAGGCGCAUCCUGUCAGAUGAGGAAAAAUGAUGAAUUAUGCCCCAGACUUCAAAAGAGUUGACUUGGCCAUGAACUAGAUAAGAACCCAAAACUUGCUAGAUUCCAAGACUAUUUUUCCAGGACUGACAUUCAUUCAAAAGGUGUAAAGUGUAUCUGCUUUUUAAAAAAAUGCAUAGAAUAGCAAGAGAGAGCAUCAGGCCAGUGGUGAAAAACAGCCUCUUGCAGCUCUCCCAGUCUCUCUUCUGGAGAGACACUUUGUUUUUGUGGAAACCCUCUGGAAUUGUAUGUGCAAGCCAGAAGCUUCCAAGUGAUCCUUGUAGAACAGGGGUCAGCAACCUCUUUUAGCUGUGGUCUGGUCCACCGUCCCUCAGACCAUGUGGUGGGCCGGACUGUAUUUUGGGAAGAAAAAACUGAACAAAUUCCUAUGCCCCACAAAUAACCGAGAGAUGGAUUUUAAAUAAAAGCACACAUUUUACUCAUGUAAAAACAUGCUGACUGUCUGCGGGCCAGAUUGAGAAGGCUAUGGGGCCGAAUCCGGCCCCUGGGCCUUAGGUUGCCUACCCCUGUUGUAGAACCUAGCAGAAAUACAAACUUAUGAGUAUUGUUUCCAGACUGCUGUAAUCUGAAAAACAUUGACAUUUCUGAAAUUUCACUAGAGGGCUCCUAUGACAAUUUGCCUUGUGAAUUGAAAGACCAACAUCGGAAUUAGCAGUAUCUCCUAUGGUUUUGAUUCUUGUACUGCUAGGCUACAACAGUGAUACCAGCACUUCUGAUCUGCAAGGAAUUGUGUUUAAAAGGGCAUAAUUGUUAAAUAAUUUAGAUCUUGUAAUAGAAUUUGGCCAAAAGAUUUUUAGGUAAAGUUUUUAAAAAUAUAUUUGAACAUAAUUUAAUGUUGCUUAUUCCCAAAACUGUUAAACUGUUCUAGUUGUUACUUUUUUUGCAAGGUGACACAGUUUGCAUGUCAUGGUAAACUACAAACCAUAGCUUAUCACAAAUGAGUCACCAUGUGGUCUGGGAACAUGGGUUGUUCUUCCAAUAAGCCAAGGUUGGCAUGUGGCAGCUUAUGGUGACAUGUAACUGUGGCUAUAAUGGAAUACUUAAUCCAGAUGUUCAAAGCACUUUGGGAUUUUGUUCUUGCAGCACUUUAAAAUUGUUGGUGUUUUGCACUAGCUGAAGCUAAACAUUCAGCUUACCUUCCACAAUUUGCUCCUUGUCACUUUUUACAUUGGUAGACUUCAGGCAGUCAUUUGUGUAGCCAAAACUACAUGUCUUUCAUUUUAGGAGAGGAUCAAUGCUAAGUACCGCUAUUUUUGUUUAUGCUGCAACAUCCCCAGUGAAUGGCUACUUUGGAGGAAGCCUUUAUGCCAGGCAAGGAGGUGAGACUUUAAAAAUUACUUUUGUAUUAAAUAUAAUUUUGGAAGGAAUUUAAUAUCUUAUCACCAUCCUGGGUUGCUUUUGACUUUUUGGGAUUACCUGCACCAUUAUACAGUUGUGAAUUUUCUGGGUUCUGCAGACAGCUUUCUGCCUAGCAGAUUUCUCUGUGGCGAGAAUACCUUGAGUAAGUGUACAGAGUAAAUUAACACUGUGGCCGCAGUUAGAUGUUGCAAAUACAGUCGUAGUAUGCUGUUGUCUUUGGGAUAGAUUGCUCCCACCUGAUCAGAAAGGAGUCAAGAAGAGCUCGGUAGUUAAGUCAGUGAAGGGUAAGCAAGUUUGUGUCCUGUGGCAGAGGUCGAGAAAGGUUCUUGUUCACAGUACCUCAGCAGCAUGAUAAUCGGAAUAGCUGAACAGGUGCUGCAGUAUCUUCUCAUGUCCCUUUGAGCAUAUGAUGCCAUCUGAAGAAACCCUUUGGAAUCUACUGAAGGCCAGACUCUGUUCUCAUUUUGGGGGAAAUAUACACCCCAACCUAAGGCUUUGGAGAGGAAUGGGAGGCUGCAGGCGUUUCCUAGGUGGCAGAAGACACCACAAAUAACAAGAGGGCCAUUCUCCUGCAGAUACCAUAUCAAUUGUAUCUAUUUCUUGUCUUGAAAAUGCCAGCGGUGAAAGACAGAAUUGUGCCAAGAUGUUGAACAGUAUAGUGCUUAGGACAAUGCCCUCUUCCAGGUCGAUGCAGAUAUGUUUUAUGAGCGCUUGUUAGCUACGGUUGCUCAACCAGCUGUAGCUCUAUCUCAUAGUAUUGUCUAGCCCCUAUUUUACCAUCUUGUUAGUGUAGGGAGUCUCUGUCAUAUGCUUUGCUGAAAUCAAGAUAUACUGCGUCCAUGGCAUUCCCAUGAUCCACCAUGCUAGUAACUAUCAAAGGAGAGCGUAGAACCAUGUCUGGCCACCAGAUGGUGAAUGUCCUCUGUCUGCCCUGGAAUUUACUUUGAGCCUUUUCUAAAAAGAUACAGAAGCUAUUCCUGGUAUUAAUGACUCAUGAUUGUAAUUUUUUUUACCUUUCAAAAUACUUAUUUGACUAUAGCAUAUACAGUGGUACCUCGGUUUACGAACUUAAUCCGUUCUGGAAGUCCGUUUUUAAACCGAAACCGUUCUUAAACUGAGGCACACUUUCCCUAAUGAGGCCUCCCGCCGCCGGUGCCCUUCCACCGUUCAGCUUCCGUUCUUAGACGGAGGUAAAGUUCGCAAACUGGGACACAACUUCCGGUUUUACAGAGUUCUUAAACUGAAUAGUUCGUAAACAGGGUUGUUCUUAAACCGAGGUACCACUGUACAAGUACGGUUUGUGAUAGAAUCAUUUGAGAUGUGAGUCUGUUUUAGAUCUACGCAAGAAAGAUAAUACUAGGAUCCAGACAUUUCCAGCCUAAAAAUUAUCAGACUUUGAUCUUAGCAUAUUAAUAUUUUCCCUGAACCAAAAUUUGUUUUUCAGGGCUAUACUGAAUAUACAUUAUGCUUUCCUUUUACCUAACCAUUCCUAUAUCAUAACACAGUGUUUUUGGCUACAGAGAGGAACAUGUUCACAUGCCGCUUGAGUCCUGAAUCUUAAUUUCAUUGGGAUAUUUCUCUUUGCAGGAAGGCGGUGGAUAAAGCAGAUGUUCAUUGGGGCGUUCCUUAUUCCUGCAAUGGUGUGUGGCACAGCCUUCUUCAUUAAUUUCAUUGCCAUCUAUUAUCAUGCAUCGCGGGCUAUUCCCUUUGGAACAAUGGUGAGUACAUUAGCGCUGUAGGUUUGAUCUAUUAAAUCAAGAAGGCUGCUAUACAUUGCCUUGGGCAAUUAACAGUUUAAAGUAGGCAGGAACUUGCAUGCAAAACUUUGAAUUACAUCACAUCAACAAGAAAGCCAAAAGCUUAGGUUUACUGAUGCAUCCUGAUAAUUAGUUUAUUUAAAGCAAGGAUGGGGGGCCCUUUCGAGGGUCUGCAUGUCAGUGACUUGCAAGAUCUGUAGUUAGACAGCCCCUGCCCCACAGCUUAUAACAAAAUACACAACAUGCCAAGAAACAGGGAUUGGGUGGCGGGGGGUGAGAGAAGGAAGGUAAGCUCCACCACAAAUCUUAUUUAAUUUUUAAGCCAGCUACAUGGAAGCAGUUCAGGAUGCAAACUAGCCUGAUAUAAUGACUGCUUCUAGAUGACCAUUGUGGAAAACUAAAGGCAGCUGGUCCCUCAGCAGAGAUAGGAAUCAUCCUGCAUAUUCCUUUGACAUAAUUUAUAUUAAGUUCAGUUUUCACUCCAGUUGAAAACAAACAAACAAAGGGACUUCGGCGGCUAAAAUGUUAGCAAAAAAUCCCUACUUCCCCCAUUUUUUAAAAAAAGAAGUCAUCCACUGCUCUCUUGAGGGAAGGAGAGCAGCUGGAUUAGGAAGACCCUGAGAAUGCAGACCAGGUUUGGAAAUGGACGCCCUGGGGGUCUUCCUGACCACCAGACAACAACCUGUCUUUAUUGGGGGAGAAGCCAAGCAGAGAGUGAGUUCUCCAACCCUGAGCUCCAGGACAGCUGAUGCAGUGGGCUCCCAAAGUUCCCUCCACCAGGAGAGGAGAAGACAAAUUCAUGCCUGGUGCUGUCGUCCACCACCACCCCUUCAUAUACUUAUCCUUUCAUGGAAUGAAUCUUAGUGUUGCUAUUCUGAACAGGCAUGUUAAGAUUAAUGUUGCUAGGAAGCAGAAAUUGUUAUAAUGGGUGCACGUGCUUUGAUGCAUUUUAUAUCCUCUCUUCUUGUGUGAUUAUGAGUUUACAGGUGGCUGUGUGCUGCAUCUGCUUCUUUGUUAUCCUCCCUUUGAACCUUGUUGGCACAAUACUGGGACGGAACCUUUCGGGUCAGCCCAACUUUCCUUGCCGAGUCAAUGCUGUUCCUCGUCCAAUCCCAGAGAAAAAAUGGUAAAGUAUAAAUGGCUUCUCUUGGCAUUCAUGCAUCUGGUGAAGUAGGUGGUUGCCCUUGUAAGUAGGUUUGCCCCUUUACUAGCCAAGCUACCAAGAAAGUCAGUUCAAUUUUAGGUUAAAUACUUGCUGAGAGAUAAAAAUCCUAUGGGUGUCAUUGGUAGUUGCCACAUCUUUUUAUCAGUGGUUGAGGUAAUGUACGGUCUUAUUUCUGGUCUGUUGCCUGUAAUAAAAGGUAAGGGUAAAGGACCCCUAGAUGAUUAAAUCCAGUCAAAGGUGAACAAUGGGUGGUGGCGCUCAUCUAGCUUCAGGCCAAGGGAGCCAGUGUUUGUCCACAGGCAGCUUUCCGGGUCAUGUGGCCAGCAUUACUAAAUCGCUUCUGGCACAAUGGGACACCAUGACGAGUGCCAGAGCCCACGGAUACGCUGUUUACCUUCCCACUGCAGCAGUACCUAUCUAUCUACUUGUGCUGGUAUGCUUUUGAACUGCUAGGUUGGCAGAAGCUGGGACAGAGCAACAGGAGCUCACUCCGUCACCCGGAUUCAAAUCACGGACCUUCCAAUUGGCAGGCCCAAGAGGCUCAGUGGUUUAGACCACAGCACCAAUGAUGAGUAUUGUGGAUAAUUUGAAGAGCAGGAUUAGGGAACUGGGCUACCCUCCGUGGGCUGCUUUUGACAGGUGAGCAGUCACCAGCUGUCAAUCAGGUGAUCCAAACGUCAAAGGAAGAAUUGGGAGCUCACUCUUAAGCUGAAAGGAUUUGGCACUGCUGCAAACUCCGCUUUUGGCAGAGAUCCGAAGGGGAACCAGUCCCAGUAGGGCUUGCAUUUGGUGCCAAACGCAACCCCUGCCUGCCAAGGAACAAUUGGGGAUGCACAUUAAAGCUUCCAGUGGUUCCUUUUGCAGUCAUAGCCUUACUUGCCCCACACAUGUUGUCGAUAUGGGGACAGGUGGGUGUGGCUGAGGGGAGAAGACCUUGUGUGCCUAAUUUGGCCUGAAGAACAGGCGUUCCUUAUUCCUGAUUUAGAACUGCUAUCGUGUUUUUGGUCUAGCAGUGAUGAACUCCUUGCGCAGGUGGAAUUCAGGGGGCUGGCGCUCUAAUCCAGAGCAGUAACUGCAUGCAGAAUGCAACUAAGCCAGAAACAGUUCUGGAUAAUCAGGAUUCACAUGGUCUGAACCUUACUGAAGUGAUCACAGUCCUUUAGAUCUUGCCACCAGUGCAUCCUUAAAUCAGCUAUGCGUUUGAUUUCAGUGAUUCUGCAAGAGCCCUCUCUUAAGUGAGCUAUUCCAUUAGUUAUGGUCAAAUGAGAAAGUUAAUUCUAAUUUCUUUUCAGGUUUAUGGAACCAGCUGUUAUUGUUUGCCUAGGUGGGAUUCUCCCGUUUGGAUCCAUUUUCAUUGAAAUGUGAGUCUUCUGCCUAGAGAACUUUGCAAGCGCUUUACUAGGCAUUAUCAGCCUGGUUUAAUUAAACCUUCAUGUCUGUACAAUAAACAAUGCUUCUUUAUUCUGUAGGUAUUUUAUAUUCACUUCCUUCUGGGCUUACAAAAUCUAUUAUGUCUAUGGCUUCAUGAUGUUAGUUCUGGUUAUUCUCUGCAUUGUGACCGUAUGUGUGACAAUCGUGUGUACAUACUUUCUACUGAAUGCAGAGGACUAUAGGUGGUAAGUAUUUUUUCCCCUACUUACAAGUCAGUCUUAAGCAGCAAAAAACCUAGAAAUUAGUGCCACAGAAAGUCUAUUCUGCACUUGCAAGAAAUCUGUCUUUCAGUGGGGUAACAUGUAGCCUUUGAGGCAGGUAGGCAGGCAGGGAUGUGGGUGGGUGUGGGUGUAAGUGUAUGUGUUUUAAGCAAGCCUAACCAGAUACAUAACUUGAUGCAUUUUUAUGUGUACUCUUUAAAUAAUGUAAACUUAAAACUGGUGAUUCAAUUAUAUUUUGAAUUGUUUAGGUCUACUUAUGUUUGACUUCUUUUUAUGGACAAUUAUAAUGUGUAUUUUGUGUAAAAUGCUUGGAAGAUUUUUACAGUUAAAUGGCAUGCAUAUUCUGUUAGGUAAAUGUUUUUAUUUAAGUGAUGAGUCUCCAAUGUUAAAUGCAUUGUUUAAAAGUUAUGCCAAGAAAAAGAAAUCUCUCCCUCUGAAGAGAGGGAGAGGAAACAGAACUGGAAAAUGGUGGUUCCACAAAAGUGCACAAGGAUUGUGGACAAUUUGUGCAACAGUAUGAAGAAAGCUAGCUUGUUUUUUCAUGCAAGGUGGAAAUUAGUUGAACAAAUUUUAUUACUUCCUGUUACAGUUCUUGUCUAGAUUUUCUUGUACUGUUUGCCAGUCUUUUAUUCCCAGUUGUUUGAAAUAUUUGUGUCUGUUUUUCAGGCAAUGGACAAGUUUUCUGUCUGCUGCUUCAACUGCAAUCUAUGUUUACAUGUAUUCCUUUUAUUACUACUUUUUCAAGACAAAGUACGUAGCCUUUGACAUUUUGUAUUUUCCUUCCCUUUUAAAUUAAGAAAGCUAAUACUUCACAUUUUUUAAAAAAGAUUAAUUAUUGGUAAUAUGGGAGAUACAAAAAAUAUUCCUCUUCUUCUUUUUCCCCCUCAGGAUGUAUGGCUUGUUUCAGACAUCAUUUUACUUUGGUUAUAUGGCAGUAUUUAGCACAGCGCUGGGAAUAAUGUGCGGUAAGUUUUCUGCAGCAUACUGAAAUGCUGUCGUCUCUCUUUUCUGCCAGGCCCAUUCUGUUAUAUUGGGUUUCAGCCUUAAAUUAGCAUGUAUCUCUCCUGUCUCUGAGUUCGUAGUCUAUUGAGAAAACAGAAAAUACAAGCUAGGAAGACUCCUAAAUGGGGGGAAGCAUUCCAUAAAUUGGUUUUCUGGACCUGAUUCAUUCUGGUUGAGGAACAUGAGUUUGCUAGCUUAUCAGAUUUUUAGUCUUUAAGGUUUUUGUCAUAUGUAUGGCUCUUGGCAGCACAUGUACAGACACUAAGCCGAAAUGCAUGUGUUGUUUGAGAUGAAAAGAAGCUUGCACUCCAGGGUGAACAAAAUGUAAUUUUAAAAAAAUGAUAUACCAAAAAUGACAAUGGUGCAUAUCUUAAGCUUUUUAAGGAAGGAGCUUUUUGCAGGCUAUAUGGUUGUAUGACAUAAACAUAAUUAUUGAAGCUUAUCUGAUGUGCUUUUACUUGGGAGGAAGUCCUAAUGAAUUCGAUAAUACAUAUUCGUAGCAGAUAAGCUGAGGAUUGCAGCCAUUGUCUUGUAGAACUUAAGCGAAUCUAACCUAUAUAUAUUUGCCUUGUUUUUGCAGGAGCUAUUGGCUAUAUGGGAACAAGUGCCUUUGUUCGAAAAAUCUACACUAAUGUGAAAAUUGACUAAGGAAAGUGAACUCUGGAACAGUUAACCCGUGGGGUGGGGUGGGGUGGGGGACAGAGUAUAUAAACUUGCACACCAGAAAGCGCAAGGAGAAAAUUGUGUAUUUAACACUGGGCACUCUGUGGGUCUCUCUUUUGUGGAUCAUUUAAAGCAACAUCUGUUUUCAUUGAUCCUAGGUUCUUACUGACUUUCUUCAACUGUUCUCAGCAAAAGCUUGGAUUGUAUUCGGUAGGCAUCACUCCCCAGUACAUGCUAAUCUUCCCAAAAACUAGCUCACAAAGAUGAAAUAGACUAGCUCUCUUCAGUGAAGAGGACAAAACUGUAUUUACACAUUUGUUCCAUUUAAUUAAAAAAGGAAAAUGAAACUUGUGGAUCCUAAAACUUUGCUGAUUAGUUUCUGGUACUUUAAAAUACUAUUCUGGAAAGAUUUCCUCCAUCCAGUUGUUAGUGCUAUUUUACAGGGUAAGGGGACACUGGAUGCUACCAGGAUAAUUUGCAGUAUCACCUAUUCUAACAUUUACAUGCAUUUGUUUUAAAAAGGCAAAUAUUUGCAUGCAGUAUCAGUCUAAUAGGACCGACUUUCCAUUGGUUCGUCAUUAAAGGAAUAUCCAGCUAUAUCUGAGAUCCAUCCAAAGAAUCUUAAGUACAAAGGUGGAAUUCUCUGCACUGCAAUUUUUGUACAGUUAGCAAGAAAAAACGGUAAAUAAAGAUGAUGUCAUCGGUUUUUAUUCAACACUUGGUGGUCUAGGUAACAAAAAUAAUUGAAUGUCUACAAUGAUUUUUUUUCUUUUUUCCUAACUCAGCCGCCCAUCCCCGGUUUGGCGUGUUUACUUGAUGAUUAAAAGGGGUAACAAGUGUAUAAAACAUUAAAUGAUGUAACUUAGAUGUAGCUCCCAAAUGUAUUUGGAUGUACAGAUUUACUAAAGAAUACUUUUUCUGAUGAUUCAAUGUACAAACGUGUGAAUUUAGGUGGCUUUUUACAUCCUGCCUGCUGUUGCAUGAAAUUUUGGGGGGGUUUCCUCGCAAUGUGUGUGUGUGCGUGUGUCAUGUUUUCUGUUGACUGAAGCUCUUUCAGAAGCAAAAACUUGUAAUUUAUAAGUUUAAUUUUGUUUAGUUAUCUCUGGACACUUGUGUAACACCUAAAGCAGUGCUGCUUUAAGUGUUCAGAAAAUUUAAAAUAAACUUUUCAGACAAAAUGUUCUGAUUGUAAAAAAUAGAUAAAUUUCGCAGUUGGAAAUUUUUUUCAAGCAGUACUACAGAAUACCAAUUCUUGAAUAAAGUGCUACAUAUUCUCCAUAUAUCAAAACGCCAGAGGAUAGGUCACAUUCCAAUUCCAGUGUGCUUUGUUAAUUUAGAAAGAAGCUUUCUGGCUCAUGAGAAGAGGCACCUAUUAAGUGUACAGGCUGUGAUGGUGAAAUAGAUAGUGGACAAAUGACAAUUGUUUCUGGAGGUUUGUUGCAGCAAGGCCUUCAGGGUUCCUUGUUUUCAAAGAUGACUGGAGAUUAAUUUUAACAUGUAUCACCAAGGCAAGGCAGAUUCCAAAUAAUGCAGGUGUUCCCAAAAGACAAAUUACUGUGAAGGGAGUUGGUUAGCCCUAAACUGUGUGUAUGGUGUAUGUAUGUAUAAAGCGAAAACAGUUUUCCCGAGGUAAGUUCACUUGGAUACUUAUUUUCACCUUGGAAAAUUGUGGAAGAGGAGAAAUAAAUACAAUUUACUGUAAGUGAAUUGUGGCUGGCUAUCUGAAAAUGUUUUAUAUGUGUAGUUAAAUUCCAUGGUGGGUCUGCAGUUCUUUUCAUAUCUAAAUGGCAGACAGAUAUUAAAUGAUUUUGGCCCUCUUA